UGAAUUGUUAGUUUUUCUUGAGACUUAAUGCGGUAAAUAGAAGCAAUAAUUUCGGCUAUUUCGUAAAAAGUGUUUGACAAUAUUUCGAGCUUGAACGAAAAAUUUGACAAAAAUGUUUUGCGGAGAUUAAACCCGCGACAAAUGUCAUCAUCUCGAUUAAAAUAAAUAGUGCUUUGACAUUUAGAAACAAAUCACAAUCACGUGUAAUUAAUAUAUUUGUGGACCUGUCGAUUCAAAAAUGCCGAAUUAUUCGGACCUGUACAGUCUGCCAACUGUGAGUGCUUUAAGCUUUCCCCAUUACAAUAGUUCGUCCCUUAGUUACAUAAACAGUUAUCCAAAACCUUUAUCGCGCUAUCCCGGUGUUUAUAAACCUCAUCUUUCCACCAUAUCAGAAAUCAAUUCACCAUACAGAAGACUAAACACUCCAAAAUUAACUUACCCUACGGAUUUAUCUUCAAGAACCAUCAAACCUAUCAAGGUAAUAAAUACAGCUGAUAUUGAUGUUUCUGUAAAUAGAUACAAGAAGUACGAGAAGAAAACGCCAAGAUUAAAGCAAGUAGAACCUAAACCAUACGUUCAAGAGCAACCAGUCGAAGUAGUUAAAGAAUCCAAGCCACAACCAACAAUAAGAAGAGAUAGAGCAACUGUAAGAAUCAGAACAGUUCAUGCUGACACAGUCAAAGAAGAAAUUGGAGCCUUCAAAACAUGGAGAGACAACUUCGAACCUAAUGAGCUAAUCAACGAAGUUAAAACAAGGAAAAAGACAAAAGGUGAGAUACUUAAAGAGAAAUUUUUGAUACGUAGUAGAAGCAAAGAAAAUAUUGCUACCAUUGUUGAAGCACCAAAGAAAUAUUUGCCUAAAAAGACUUCUAGCUUCCGUGAUAUCUGUAAUGCUAUAACGUUAGAAAAUAUCUCUGAUGAUCUUAAUCCGGGACAACCUGUGGAAAUCCAGAGACGACAAAGCAAGUCGUUUUCGAGUGACAAUCUUUUGAAGGAUAUUAGAAGAGUGUCUACAGAAAUCUCCCAGGAAGAUCUCAACAUACUAAACUCAAUAUUGUCCAGUCAAGAAGAAACCGAGAGUUCAGAUGAAUCAGUAGUUUCGGUCAAUCUUUCAGAUUUCAACAACAGUUCCAAUAAUGCAUUCAGAUCUUUUGAAAAAAGUGAAAAUGAAAUAGAAAAAUUGGAAGUAGUUCCUGAAGACGACCAAAACAAAGUUACCAGUGAAAUAGAACCUGUUAAAGUUGAUGAAGAUCAUACCAUGAAAGACAGUGUCCAACUAAAUAAAAGUAAGUCUGAUUUGAAUAUUAGAAAACCGAAAAAAGAUUCAAAAACAACUGAUAAAUUUGCUUUAAAGGAAGAUUUGAGCUUACCAGAUAUUUUAUCCAAAAAAGAUAAAGUUGUAAAACCAAAAACCAACACUGAUAGUACAAAUGUUUUAAAGAAGAAUUUUAAAAAGAAUGAAAGUACUGAAGAUAGUAAAUUAAAGCCGAAAUUAAAGAAAGAAAUGGAUGAAGUAAAUCCAGAAAUACUACCAAUAAAGACUACAGAAAAAAAGGAUGACAAAAUAGAAAUUAAACCAAAAACUACAUUAAAUAAUAAUACCCAACAAAAAUUCCCAACAAAUUUGAAGAAAAAGGGAGAGGAACUUCCAUCAAAAUUACAAGAAGUUGCACCAGUAUUGAAAGAAGAAGAAAAAAUAAAUUUAGACAAUAAACUAUCUUCAAAUGAACCAAAACUUGAGGAAAAAGAAAAAGAAGUAAAGGUACAAGAAUCUGCACCAGUAAAUAAAGAACAGGAAAAGAAAAUUAACUCCGACAGUAACAUUAGUUCAACUGGAGUCAAACCUGAAGUAGAUUUGAAAUUAAAAAAAUUACAAGUUGAACAAAAAGCAAAUGAGUUGAAGGCAAAUAUUUUGAAUAAAAAAUUAUUAAAUCAACAAAAAUUGAAAGAAAAAGAAGUUAAAGCAGAAGAUAAAAGCUCUUUGGUGGUAUUAAAUAAAGACAACAAGGAUAAGGUAUUAGAUAAGCAUGGCAAAAGCUCUAUACUAAACAAAAAAGAAGAAAUAGAAGCAAAAGAUAUCUCAAAACCACCAGAGACACCGAAAGACAUAUCUAACGUAGAAAUCCAAGAAAUAAAAUUCAAGAUUAAACCAGUGAUCACUGGAAGUGUUGAAGACAUAGUAGUUCCUAAGAAGACGUUGGUAGCACGGAUCGACCAAGUGGAAGUAGAAGUAGAAAAACCAAAUAAAAUGGACAAAAAGCUUAAAAUUAACGCUGUGAUUAAUGUCCAACCAGCUAAGCACAAAGAAAAGUUGAACAAAGGAGUCAUUGCUGUUCCACAAACAGAAGUUGGUUUGGAGAAUAUCAUCAUACAGAAACAAAGCGUUAAACAGAAUUGUAAAACUAUAAAAGAGCUGAAGCCUAAAGUGAAGAAAAAGAAGAAUAAUCAUGAGAACAAUAUUAGUAAAUGUCCUACUUUGAGUAGCGUAGCAGAGGAUAGCUUUGAAGAAAGUCCAAGCAAAUCAACUGUUGUUACAAAAGAAUUAACCUCAACAGAAGAUACAGUUACAACUGAAGAAGAAUCAGCAAAUAUUUCGGAGUCAGUGCCGCAAAGAAAUGAUUCCGAAGAAGCAGAAACAUCAGAAGCAGCGCAAAAGAGGAAAGAAUCUAUCAAAAUACUCUCCAAACGAUCGCUAUUAAAAAAAUCUAUCAAGGAUGAUCCAGACUUGGUCGUCUUUAUUCCACCACCAACUCCAGAGCCAGAACCUGAGCCUGAGCAAACAGAAAAGUUCGUUCCUCUUCAGUCUAAUCGUCUUACGCAAUGGAUGCAUCCUUGGGCUAAGCCUGAACAGUUUGAUGAGUGUCCUGUGGAGAUAUUCGCGCGACCUAAGCUAAUUAAGGGAAGGCAUUAUCCUAGACCUCGUAAACGCAGCAGUGCUGCCGCUUUGGUACCGACGACGUCUGAAGACAAUGACAGUAAUGAUAGUGAUAGUGACGAUAAUACGUCGACUGAAGACACUAGUGCUAGUUUGCGAUCGAAUGAUUCGGGUUUUGGGUCUACAGUUCCAGAAAAAUUAAAUGUUUCUCAAAGGGAGGCGGUGACCACGAACUCAAACGAAUCGGAAAUAGCAGAAGAAGAAGAAGAAGUAUUUAUUCCUCCAACCGAUAAAAUAAUUCCACCUGCUACAACCAUUCCUAGGUUUAAGAAAUAUGCCGUAGAAGACUUUGAUUUCCUCAAAGUACUUGGCAAGGGAAGUUUUGGUAAAGUUCUAUUAGCCAAACUAACAGACACUGAUUACUACUAUGCAGUAAAAUGUCUCAAAAAAGAUGUGAUUGUUGAAGACAAUGACGUCGAGUGUACUUUAAUUGAAAGAAAAGUUUUAGCCUUAGGAACCAGACAUCCAUUUUUGUGCCAUUUACUUUGCACUUUUCAGACAGAGUCUCACCUGUUUUUUGUGAUGGAAUAUUUAAAUGGUGGAGACUUGAUGUUUCAUAUAACGACGGGGGGUAGUUUUCCUGAGGAACAAGCUCAAUUUUACGGAGCAGAAAUCAUUUCAGGUCUUCAAUUUCUACACAAUAGGGGGAUAAUAUAUAGGGAUCUUAAAUUAGAUAAUAUACUAUUGGACUUUGAUGGGCACGCCCGAUUGGCAGACUUUGGCAUGUGCCAGCUUCAAAUAUUUUUAGAUAGGAUGGCUGAAUCGUUUUGUGGAACCCCUGAUUAUAUGGCUCCAGAGAUUAUCAAAGGACAACAUUAUAAUCAAGCGGUAGACUGGUGGUCGUUUGGAGUUCUGUUAUAUGAAAUGUUCCUUGGCCAAUCUCCUUUUAGUGGUUGUGAUGAAGACGAACUUUUCUGGUCAAUUUGUAAUGAAAAGCCAGUAUUUCCAAAGCACCUCUCCACAUAUGCCGUAGAUAUUUUAACCAAGUUAUUAGAAAAAGAUCAGUCGAAACGAUUAGGCACUAGAUUCAGUCCACAUGGUCUUAUUAGAGAUCACAACUUCUUCCGACACUUAGAUUGGAAUGCUUUGGAGGCACGACAGCUGGAACCACCUUUCAAACCAAAUUUGAGGCAUCCUUUAGAUACGCAGUAUUUCGACACGAAUUUUACCAAAGAAGCUGUGAAAAUAACGCCAAUAACAGAAGUACAAAUUUUGGAGACCAUCGACCAGUCUCAGUUCCAAGGCUUUAGCUACACAAACCCAAACGCUACAGAUAAAUGAAUAGUUAGAUAGCAUGUUAAAUUUUUAUUACAAAUGGACUGUGAGACUUUAUUAAUUGGAACAACUGUUUUUUUUUUCAGAAGGAUAAAAUAAAUAAUAAUAAGAA